GUUGGCAGGCAGCGCAGGGAAGUCGCAGCGCCGUCCUCCGUGGUGGCGACUUCGAUGCGAACGCCGUCAGACGAUGCAGAGAGCGGUAGGCAGAUUGCUGCUACAUCUUCUUUCGUGUGCGCCUAGCUGUGUAAAAAAAUGGCUCGGGGAAGUACUUGGAUGACAGAUUAUGCUGAAGAUGUGCUAGCAUGGAUGCACACCAAGGAACUCCAACAUAUGGCUUACAAUGGGAAUUCACCACAGCUGGCAAUGCGAGGAGCUCUGGUAGAAUUUUUACGUAUAGUCAGUGAGCGCUUGAAAUUAAGUGUAGCAACAACUCAUCUGUCAGUAUACCUUCUUGAUAGAUUUAUGGAUGCGCAUCACAUAUCUGACAACCAAUUACGUCUUACUGCUCUCACUGCUAUACUGUUGGCAGCAAAAUUUGAAGAGAAGGAUAUGAAUGUGCCAAGAAUUCCAGAGUUGAAUGCAUUUGCCAACAGCAGAUAUAGCAUAGCUAUCUUUAACUCAAUGGAAGCAUUUAUGUUGACAUUUUUUAACUGGAGCAUAGGAACAGUUACGGUUGCCCACUUCGCUGAAUUUUAUUUAAUGCGUGGAGUGACUGCUGGUGACACAAUGGAAGGAGCCACACUUGCUGAACCUGCUCUGGCAAGACAGUCGCUUUGGAAGGCAACUGCUCAUUUUCUUGAUAUAUCUCUGCAAGACCAGGUUUUUCUUCAGUGGCGUUGCUCACAGGUGGCAGCUGCUUGUGUUGCAUGCGGUCGCUUGUGCUGCCAUUUGCUACCAACAUGGCCAGUAUCUCUCCAAGCAACGACUGGUUACCACCUACAGUCCCUCUCACAGCUUAUGGAUCUAUUGUUUAGGCUGUAUGAGAGUGAAGACAAAGCUAGUGUUUGCAGCACUCCUGAUUCAGGGUAUGGCAGUCGAUGCUCCAGCGUCCAAGGUUCACCUGUUUCUCAUAGAUUAGGGGAAGUAUAGGUAAAAAGCAUUCGAUACCUUUCCACUACAGCCUGAAGUGGACAAAAUGUUCAAAAGAAAAAAAAAAAAAAAAAAAAUUGUGUGUGCCUUUAUAAACCAAUAAUUUAUUGCAUGUUCCUUACACCAUUUCAUGCACUUGAAGUCACUGAUAUACUUUGUUUAUGGUGUCUGGAUCAUGGCUAACUCGAGAUUAGGGUUGUUAAUUGUAUUUCAAAAAAGGAAUCUAUUAUUUUUAGGUGGAAGGCACAUAGCUGUUGGAUAUAGUUUCCUCCUUUCUGUGAUAUUCUUGUUGCUGCCAGAAAUUUUGGUGGCUAAAUUUUGCAAUAUUACUUUGCUAAUUUUGAUGUGUUAAAAAAGGAACUACCCAUUUCUAUGAUAUCUGAUUAUAGUUAAGGUAUAAUAUAUAAUGGAUCAGUCUUAAGUUAUUGGGUGUGGAGCAUGUGUUUGAAGUAUGAGAAAGUUGUGAUCUGCUUUAAAGCAUUUGAUUCUGUUUCUGUUUUUUAACCAAACAUUUGUCCUCUUGCUGCUUUACUGCUGGGACUUUUUGGUGCUAAAUAUGACUAUUGGUAAAGUCAAAGUAUUAUGGAGAGAAUGUAAAUAUUUACAUCCAAAUUUAAAUAUUCCAGUUGUUUCUUUUUUUUUUGUAUCCAUGAUAUUCUUUAAUGUAUUAAAAAGUUAUGUAUGGAAAUUAUACUCACCAAUUGUAAUCAGUUUAGGGUAAAAAUAUACCCCAAUUUAUAUCGUGCAAGGUGAUGAUAGUUAGAAAAAUAGUUAAAAUGGAAUAACCCCAGUCAAGUUCAAAUUUGUACUCCCCCUAUGUCAGUUCAUAAACAUUCCAUUAUUUUAACCAUAAGAUGAAAUUUCCCAGUGCAGGAUGUCUGGAGUCAGUUUGAUUUCUUUGCAUAUGAAACUGGUGAGUAUUCAAUUAAUCCAUACAUAUAUGCUUAGUUUUAUAAUUACAAAUGUAAAUUAUUUUAUUACACUGCUACUUCUAAUGGGAACAGAUAAGGUGUCUGAUGGUAGUAUUGGUAGAAUUGGUGCUAUUUGCAAUUAUGUGUUGUGCAUUAGCAAGACACAUAAACUUCGGAACCUUAAAGGUAGAUUUGGAACUACUUUAAUUUUCCUUGUGCAUAUCAUUCUUGAUAUUCAUCAGCUACAGCAAGUGAUUACUGUCUGUGAUAUGUAUUUAACGGAUUUUUGCUUUGUGUUGAUUGGUAUUAGUAUUAGUUGCACAAUAAGUUUACCAUAAUUUUGUUAGGGUUACUUUUCAUUAUCCAAUGUAAAUAAAAGUUAAAAUUUCUUUCUGUGUUCUAGUCAAAGUUCUAGUAAGAGUAUUUUUUGUUUAACAGAUGUUUUGCUUUUCUGUGAUACACAUUUUGUUUCUUUGUUGUGUAAUUGUAUGACUAUGGCUCAGAUGAGCCUUUCAGUAAAUGUUUUCAUUAUGUAUAUUUUUAUUAAUCACAGAUUUUUUCUUACCUACAGUGGUAUUAAGAACAAUAGGUUUACAAGAUGUGUGGCAGUCUUAACAUUCCAGAAAAGAAUAGUAAUUAGUGAAAUAUGACUGGCAGCAACUAUGGAUUAACUUUUUGAUAUGGAAAAAGUUUGAGGAUUAAUACAGGCACAGCUGUAUUUAACAGGUUCGAAUUAUAUGCGUGUCACAAACUGCUCCUGAGGAUAUAAUUGAAACUGGGCAAAUCCAGACCUUGCACUGUGAAGGUGUUUAUUCUCAUUCACACACUUUCCUAAACUUGUUAAAUGUCAUUUUGAUGCAAAAACUUUUUUAGUGUGUUGUGCCACAAUAGGAUCCAAAAGGGUAAUUUAAAUGCACUGUAGGUCAAAGACCAGACAUGCCAUAUUGAGUAACCUCUACUGGUAUACCAAGUUCUCAUAUUUUGAUAUGGUAAAAUAUGGUAUAUAGGGAAAGGUAAGUUAUGCUCCGUAAAGUGAAUAAUAAUGGAGAGUAAGAAAGUAGAUCAUUACACAGCAUUUACCUUGGUACCAGGAUACAAAGGAAUUAAGAAUAUUGCACUUCUCACACUGCCUCUGAACUGCAGUCUAGUUCUUGAUUGGGCCUGGUAUUCUCAAAACACUACUUCUGUAAAAGGUAUAGGUAGUUUUAGUCUAUACCCUACUAAACUCAGUUUUUUACACAUUUAAAAUUGCUUGGUUAACUUAAAACUUUAUUAUUUUGAAAAAGACUUCUCAAUGGAGAAAAUAUUUACCACCAAGUAAUCAUUUAAUCAUAAUGAAAACUAUGAAGCUAGUAUAAUAGUCUCACUAUUACCUUUACAGUACUGUAGAUACACAAGCAAUUUUGCAAUACUUUCAUCAAGGAAACCAUUUACUAUGGGAUUUAAUUAUGAACUUGGAAACAUAGGUACCCUUUUACAAAUGUUUACAGGAAAGUAAUUUUGUACUGGAUGGGUAUAUAUAAACAAAACACCAAAUAAAUUUGUUUCAAUUUAAUAUAUAAAGUUUACAAAAUGACUAAGAGAUAUAAAUGUUAAUCUCUCGCUUGCAUUUUGCCAUUCAUCCAAGUAAACUUGUUUAAAUGGAAAAAAAAUC